AUGGAUCGAGAGAGACUGUUUUCAUUCAUUGAUGAAGAUUGGAGAUCCCUUCAAAUUGCCUCCACGAGUCUAUCGCCAAUUGCACAAGCCAGGAUGAUUACUGCAGCAACUAUGCAGCUCACCCUAAAGGCUUGCGCCAUAGCGGUGCCCAAGAAGUGCACGAAACGGCAGAGGCGUCCUGCAUACUGGUGGACGAAGGAGAUCGCAGAUUUUCGCAAGAAGUGCUUAAGGCUUCGCCGUUUAGCACAACGAGCGAAGAGACACGUCCUCGACGCUACUCCCUUGGCCGCAGAGUAUCAAGCGGCCAAAAAAGCGUUGAAUAGGACCAUCAAUGCCAGCCAACGACGGUCCAGGAAGGAGCUGUGCUUGGAUCUUGACCAGUAUCAGUGGGGUUUAUGGUACCAGAUCGUCACUCGCAAGCUGGGGACUAAUACGCAAGGAAUCCCUCAGGACACGAGAAGGUUGGAAAACAUCAUUCAUACACUAUUCCCCUCACAUCCGAAGAGAAAGAUUCGCACGGCUGCACCUAGCACCCCGAAGGGCCACAAUUUACAGAGGAGGAACGGCUUAAGGCCGCUUCUUCCAUGCGGGACAAGAAAGCUCCAGGACCAGACGGCCUUCCAGGGGAACAAGGGCAAGGGUCCAGCUGAUGCGGCUUCAUCAUACAGACCUACUCUUAUGCUCGAUACAGCUGGCAAGCUCCUGGAGAAGCUGCCUAGGCCACGGUUGCACGCAGCCUUAAGAGCAUUGGGGGAUCUUGCUGCCCGCCAGUAUGGAUUCCGAUUCGGCAUCUCCACCACCCAGGCAGUCCAGGAGGUUGUCACGACAGCUAAAAUGACGGAGCGGUGGAAUCAUCUAACUCACACUUUGUGUCUGCUGGCCACCUUAGACGUGAGAAAUAUCUUCAAUUCCGUUAGCUGGGACUUGGCAAUGGAAGCACUCGAACAUAAUUUCAACGUCCCGGUGUUUCUACUCCGAAUACUCGGGGACUAUCUGAACGAGCGCUUCCUAGAAUACAGUAUUGGCGAUGGUUCAAGAAGCUUGGAGUUAACAUCUGGGGCAGCCCAAGGCUUCAUACUGGGACCGGAUAUCUGGAGUAUUUUCUACGACGGAAUCCUUCGUAUGGCAGUCCAUGAAGGUGCUUUCUUGGUUGGGUACGCAGAUUACCAUGCAGUUGUCAUAAUCGUAAGGGACACGGAGGGGGCACAGCUGCUGCUCAACCAGGUCAUGCGCAGAGUCAUCUCCUGCACGGAAGACCACGGGCUAUUUCUGGCAGGCCAGAAGACAGAGAUCGUGCUAAUUACGAAAAAGCGCAACAAUACCUUGCGGAGCUACAUUUUAGGAGACACGGCUUUCCAGACUAAGUCGGCUGUCAAAUAUCUCGGUGUAUUGCUUGACAACAAGCUCAGUUAUGGAGAAUAUAUACUCAGGGCAGCCGUUAAGGCGGCAAAAGUAGUAGCCUCGCUUGGCACCCUCAUGGCAAACGUCAACGGGCCCCGACCGGGCAGGAGGCGACUACUGAUGCGUGUCGCACAAGCAUUGAUGCUGUAUGGCGCGGAAGUCUGGGCCGAGGUGCUCCGAAAGGAGAAAUAUCGCAAGCGCAUAGCUGCGGUACAGAGGAGGGGCGCUCUCGGAAUCGCGUGCUCCUACUGCACAGCCUCUGAGCCCGCGGUGCUAGUGUUGGGGAGUAAUCCCGAUCGAUCUACUAGUCUAGGAGAGACAAUUCAUCAAUCAGCAAAGGUGUGUUCUGGGAAAGGAGAAGGCAUCAAGGCUCGCCAGGUCUGUCAGCAUCGAGACAUGGCAAAGCAGAUGGGAACAGGAGCCUCGGGGCAGAUGGACGAUCCGACUCAUCAGUCGGCUAGACAGCUGGCUAAACAGGGAUGUGGGGGGGUGGACUUCUACCGCACUCAAUUUUUGGCAGGACAUGGUCUGUUCUGCUCCUACCUCGCAAAUAUGAAGAAGAUUGCAAACGGCAACUGCCCUUAUUGCGACUCGAACGUCGACGACGACCACCACACAUUCUUCAAAUGUGCUCGGUGGAGCGUCGAACGUCUUGCCAUGGAGCAAGAUAUCGAAAAAACCCCGCCAGACAACACUGUCGAGAAAAUUCUCCCAGAUCAGGAGUAG